UCUUCCCGCGCCCACGAUGGCUGUCACGAGUGAUUUUAUACCGCCGCCCGGUUCGUUUUUAAAAUGGUGCUUUUGCACUUGGUGAUUGUAUGCAAAAUAAAAUAUGGGUAUUAAAAAGCGCGGUCGGCCAAAGUGCGGAGCCAUUUUCACACUCGCCGCCAUGUCCUUCCUGACGCCGCCGCUCAAGACGAAGCCGGCGGGGCUCGGCGACGUGCGUCAGCUCACGCUGAGCCAAGGCAAGAAGAAGCGCAAGAUCGCCAAGGUGCUCGACCUCAAGGACGACGACGGCGGCGCGAGCUCGUCCGAGGAAGAGUUUGACUACAAGGCCAUGAGCUUCAACAAGGAGAACGUCGUGGAGAACGACAGCGAGAGCGACAGCGACAGCGAGUGCGAAGUGCUCUUCGACUCGCUCUCGUCGCCGGCCAAGGCGACGCCAUCGACGCCGGCAAACCACUUUGCGCUCGACUUUCAGGUCUCGUCAGUCGCUGUCGACCGCGCUGGCCGCUUCGUUGUCGCCGGCUUCAACAAUGGCACGAUCCGCCUCUACCCGCUUGUCGACAACUUUAAGCGCGCGAUUGACGUCGGGGUCGUCGAAGUCAGCUCCGUCGACGCCAACGCGCUCGUCUUCCGGAAGGGCGUCGUCCUCGAACACAUCACCGCGCGUGGCAUGUACACGACGCUGCGCGUCCACGUUGUCAUUCCGGAGGACGGUCGGUUCAUCUUUGCUGGCGUCUACCGCGGGUCCACCGAGAUCCUCGUCAUCGACAUCGACUCGAUCGUGCUACCAACCGAGACGAUUGGUGUCCCGACGGCCGAGGUCGUGACGCACUCGUACAACGACGCCAAGCUGCGCGGCUUCGGUGCGGUGCGUGCGGUGCCCGGCGACAGCCUCAUUACGACCGAGUAUCAAGUGCUCUGCGGUCUCGGCAUCAAGAACCUGCACCUCUGGCGCUUCUACUGGGACCCCUCGUCCGACGACGACGAGUCCAAGUGGACAUGGCAGUGCGUCUUUGACCGUCAGACCAACGGCAUUAGCCUCGAGUACCUCUCAUUCGGGCCCGGCCCUAACCAGGUCAUCUCCAAGUCCGAGCACCAAGCCAUCCGCGUCUGGACGCUCUCCGAAGCGACGGCCGACGAUGGCACGAUCGCGUCGUUCGAGUACACGGACAUCAAGCACACGACAGACGCCGUCGAAGUGUUUGGCCAUUAUGCGUACGGCGGGUCGGAGCGGCUAGCGCUCGUGGACCUCGACAACUCCAAGCGCUUUGAACUCGACCUUCCGUCGUCGUCGGCGGUCGCGGCAGCGCGCCCGACGCUCAACUUUCGCAAGCGCCAACUGCGCACUUUGUCCAACCUCACGGGUGACCCGAUGGGCGUCACGCUCGGCAUGUGCUCGGACGGCAGUGUCUUUGUGCACAAAGCCACCGCGGAUGCCGCCCUCGGUGUCCACACGCCACCUACGUACGUGCCAGGCUACGAGUCGUUUUACCAGGACCAAGGCGGGCUCUUGACGCUGCUGCCGUUUGAGAUCCAAGACGAGAAGGAGUGGAUGGUGGUGUCGGCCAACACGAACGAACUCCGCGUGCACGUACUCCACGAGUUCCUCGGUGAGCCCAAGCAGGCGUUCGUCGCGCCGACAAAGCCGCGCAAGCUGAAGCUCACGGCGGCUAAAGAGCUCAAAGUAAAGAAAACCAAGAAGAACUCGAAGAAAACGCCGAGUCCGCCGCCGUCCGUGGUCGACGAUAACGACACGUUUAUCGUGCGCCCGCUCAAGGUCAAGGUGGUCGAAACGCCGGCCCCGGUCGUCGUCGAUGUUGUGCCAAACGUGCUGGCGUCGCCGCCGCUCAAGCGCAAACUCGAACCCGAGAUCGCCGCGGUGGCCACCGUCGCCGAGACCAAGAAGCGCAUCAAGGCGUCGCCGUGGAGCUACGAGCUCAAGCCGCUCGCACCAAAGCCGGUGGCGAUCGUCGUGCACCCGCCAGCAGUCACGCCGGCGCUCGUGACGCCCGUGAAGCGCCCGGCCAAAAUCGCCGUGCCGUCGCCUGUCGUGUCCAUCUCGCCGUGCUCGUCGCCCGUCCUGCCGCAGACGCCCGCGCCGUCGACACCAACCAAGAAGGUGGUCGACGACCAGCGCGACUGGAGUCCGUUUGUGAUCCCCAAGCGCCGCAACAAGGAGCUCAUCAUGGACGAGCCGGCGGUCGUUGCUGAAGCGCCGCCGUCGCCCGUCAAGGCAAUGACGCCGCCACCGGUAGAGGUCAUUCCGUCGCGCCUCGACACGAUCGCCGAGGUCGCUACGAUUGUUGCUGCGGUCGAGCCGACGCUGGAUGCGGCGCCACCCAGUGUGACCCCGUCGCCGUUUGCCAGCCAUGCGCGGUCGCUGCUGAUGCAGCUGACGACGUGCAUGCUCGACGAAGACGAGCCCAUGGACAUUGACGAAAAACUCGCAAAUGAAACGAUGGCGCGCUUUGAAGCGCAGCAGGCGCAGCUCAAGGAGACCUUCACGCGCGGCCACCGCCAGCUCAUCCGCACCGUGUGCAACGACAUGCACCGCCGGGGCACGGCCAUGCUCGAGCCCGGUCAGCUCCAAGACAUUUUUCAAAAGCACGUGGACGAGCUGAUACGCGUCCAGCAGCUCGAAGCCGACGCGCUCCACGCCAAGCAGCUUGUCGAGUGGACGAUCCUCGGUCUCUGCGACUUUUCACUGCCCCGCGUGCACACUGCAUUCCCCGUCCCGCGGCUCUUUGGCUAGGCUAGAUUCCUGUUAUAUAAUUCAAUUCUGUGUACUAGUUAGACACGUCGUUUCCGCCACGGCAGCGAAA